UGUGAUGUGAUAAAUAUGAUGUGAUCAGUGCAAAAAUAAUAUCCAGAGUGGUUCAAUGGACAUUUUCUCAGUCACAUCCCUGGAUAUUUAUGCUAAUGGAUUUCCUUCUAAUUGGACUGUACUUAAAGUGGCCACUGAAGAAGCCCCCUGGGUUGAUACUGUGUUUAUUGGGCAUUUUUCUAAGAACGGUUCCCUUGGUAGAGGGGGUUUGUCCAAAGCUGUGCCGCUGCGACAGCAAGCUGCUGUACUGCGAGGGGCUCAACCUCACAGACAUUCCCCGCAAUCUGAGCAGCGCCAUGGGCCUGUCCAUGAGAGAGAAUAACUUGACCGAGCUGCGUGAAGGCCAAUUGGCUGGUCUGUCACAACUCACCUGGCUCUACCUAGAUCACAACAACAUUGACAUUGUCGAGGAGGGUGCAUUUGACAGGCUAAGACGGGUCAAGGAGUUGGACCUCAGCAGUAACCGGAUUGAGAGUCUGCCAAAUGGUACCUUUAGGCCCCUCCCAAACCUGCGUAUCCUGGACCUCUCAUACAACAGGCUGCAGGCACUCGAGCCUGACCUGUUCCACGGCCUUAGAAAGCUCACCAAUUUGCAUUUGCGCUACAAUGCUCUCAAGUUUGUGCCAGUGCGGAUUUUUCAAGACUGCCGGAGUAUGCAGUUUCUAGACUUGGGAUACAACCAACUGCAGAGCCUGGCACGAAACUCCUUCGCUGGCCUCUUCAAGUUGACUGAGUUGCAUCUUGAGCACAACGAGCUAGUUAAAGUGAACCUAGCCCACUUCCCUCGCCUCAUCUCUUUACGUACUCUGUACAUGCACAACAAUCGUGCUACUAUUGUUGUCAAUACACUGGACUGGACAUGGCAUUUUUUAGAGAAGAUUGACCUGUCAGCCAAUGAAAUCGAGUACAUUGAGCCACAUGUUUUUGAGAGUGCACCCAACCUUAAGGUUUUGAUGCUAGACUCCAAUCGGUUGACCUCCGUGGACCAGCACAUCCUGGAUUCGUGGUCAUCUCUGGACAGCAUUACCCUGGCAGGAAAUGACUGGGAGUGCAAUCGCAAUGUGUGUGCCUUGGCCUUUUGGCUGAGUGCCUUCCGAGGCCAGCGUGACAAUUCCCUGCUGUGUUCAAGCCCUGACACCGCACAGGGUGAGGAUGUGUUGGAUGCUGUCUACGCUUUUCAGCUAUGUGAGGAUCCCCCAAUGGAGGUAACUACAGCAGGCCUGUACGCGUCUACGAGGGAUCUGGCCAAGGGCUCUGUUUUCAUGGGCCCAUUUACUCCCAACCCUUAUGAAGGUGAGGGCAGCGAGGUGGUCACCAGUUCUUUCACUGUCACAGUAGGCCACGAUGACUUGGAGAGCACCAUGCAGAUCCACAAAGUGGUGACUGGCACCAUGGCACUCAUCUUUUCCUUUCUCAUCAUAGUGCUCAUGCUGUAUGUGGCAUGGAAGUGCUUCCCGGCCGGAAUAAGACAGCUGAGGCAGUGCUUCAGUAGUCAGCGCCGUAAGCAGAAGCAAAAGCAAAGCAUGCAGCAGAUGGCUGCUAUUUCUACACCAGAGUACUACGUUGACUAUAAACCUAACCACAUUGAGGGAGCUCUGGUAAUCAUCAAUGAAUAUGGCUCUUGCACUUGCCAACAGCAACCUUCUCGGGAAUGUGAGGUGUGACCCUGCUUUGUGAGUACGUCUUUACCUGUGAUUAUCUGGAUAUACAGUAAAUCCCUUUUUUGGAUCCACUGGGGAGGGGAAUAUUGCGGGACAGAAGGAAUAAAGGGAUCUUUUGGACACUUUUUACACAGGGUCUCACUGUGAUGUGGAAGGAGCGUGCUUUAUGCGGCUGACUGUUUCGUGGUGGAUUUACUGCUACUGCUAUCUACUGCUGAUUUGAGGCCACAGGGCAUAAUGGGCGCCUGACUCUUGGACCUGUUGAUGUUCCACAGAAACACAGAGAGGAAUACAUUGUGGGCACUGAGGCUUUUCUCUCAUGGGUGGAUAUUUGAGCUUUAAUGUGUCUUUCUACUUCAGGACAUUUAAUUAUUGUUUAAAAAGAAACUGGGGACACACAAAAGAGGAAAAAAGAAAAAAAAACAAACCAUUUGUAUUAUGGUAAACACAAUAUUUGACUAGCAUUUAAAAUAUAAAAAAACAUGUUUAAGUUCGAUUAAAAUGUAAAAAUUAAAGUCUGUGUAAAAUAUGUUAAAAAAAGUGCAAGUGUGGACAAAAAAAUGAUACAAGAUAAUCUAUUUCUUUUGUAAACUACAAAAAAUGUUUAAAUAAAUGAAUUGCUAUUCACAGUAAACUCAUUUUUACGUGAGACACUGUCAGAAAGGAUGAAUGAUGCAGUCUUAGCGCUCGUGGACUGGAGAGCCAUGUCUCUGCAGUGUAUCCAACCAAAAAAAUUAAACGAAAUACAAAAAAAAAAAAUGAAAGGGGCAGAGGGAUAUCUGCAUCUCAUCUUCAAUGUACAAUCCAUGGUCUGAAUUUUAGAUCUCUUCUCUGUUCUAACUCUCAUAUUUGUUGUUUUAUCAUUCACUGUGUUGGCUCGCUGUCAAUGUAGUUUCUUUCCCCCUUCCCAUUGCCUAUCUGAAAGCAGAUUUAAAUGAUCUAUGAAUCAGUUAGCAUAUUUUCAUAUUAUUAUAUCACUAUUUGUGUACCGUCCAAGUAAAGAAAGCAGAGUGUCAAAGAUCUAAAGCUAUGCCUCUCAUUGCCUCUCACUCUUUGGCUUUCACAGAGGAGCGACGCCUCCUUUCACUGAAUCAAGCACACUGAAGACAACAAUCAUUGAAACCAUGCAUACUUAAAUCAAAAUACAAUGCCAGAUUGUAUCAGAAACAUUGAAGAAAUUAUCCAGCAGCUUAAAGGAAGA